AUGCCGCCAGCGAAAGGCAAACCUGCGUUGUCGACUUCACGCGAUCUCGUGCCCGUGGGGCCUCGAGAGGUUUUCGCGAAAAACCUGAGCAGACGAGACGAGAACGGCAACAAGCCGCUCACUGCUCGUGCCCUCGUUUUGCGGAACGGCAAAUAUGGGGCGCGAGGAACUGGAGAACUCAUGGCGAUGGGGAGGAUGAGCGGCAGGGAGAAGCUUGAUCUCUUGUCCGAGGAUCUUAUUGAACGCUCCAAGACGGCUAUCGGAACACCUUUUCGUCUCGAGAGAUGUAUCAACAUUGCAGAUUCUCAACUUGCCGCGAAUUUGGAUGAGAUAAAUGACCUGCAGGAUCCGGAUCUUUUCUACAACAAGAUCAAGGCGGAGGUAGAAGCUCGUACGCCCCAAACUCCAAGCAAGAGUGUAUCUGACCUCCUCCGCAAUGCGAGUUAUGUUGCAUCUAUCGUUGCCGCUAGAAUACACAAUGCAUAUAUGCUGGCAUCAGCUUGGAGGCUUGUCGGGGACACACUUCGCGAGCUAUCUGAGGCCGGAGUCCAGGAUACCACCGUCAAGACAUAUCUCGGGAAGAAUGCCAACAUACGAGCCAAAUAUCUCGUCCUCUACGAUAUUGUGAAUAUUGUUGCCCAGGCUGGCCAAUCAAAGUUUGCGCUUCUUGCUACCACGGCCCCACACUACUCCCAAUACUUUAAGAGAUUCGAAGAUAGCGAAACGGGCGAACUGGAAUAUGUUUUUGAUUGGGCCUACCUGAAAGAUAUGCACAAGUCUUUCAUCGACUCCAUCAUUGUGGAGCUCUGUCUACCGCAGUCACCACUGCCAAGACAGAUAUUGUUUCAGAUUCUCCAUGAAGCCAUCGAAGAAUCCCCUCGUGAGGCAAAGCGCUUCCCGCAAGCAGUUUGGGACGCUGUUGGCGAUUUGUCGGUCAUAGUACAGCUCCAGGAGUACUUAGAAAGCCCGCUGCUCGGCGCUGAAGGCGAUGCGUGGAAAAAGCAACCCCGUGAGAUGCCGGAAGAAUACGAGGAUUGGGUUGAUGCGCAGAUCUUCUCCGAGAAGGCAUCGAAGAUGUACGCAAACUUCAAGGACACUAUCUACCCGCUCGAAAAGACCAAGUUUGCGUACGUCCUCGAUAAUAUGUGGAAGUUUGUCAAUCUGAGUUACAAAGAAGUCUGCGGCAAGGACAUCGAUUCCUUGUGGCAGCUGGAGGACGUAAAACAAAUGGCACCUCAGUGGCAUGCGUUCUAUGUAGCCGGAAGCAAAAGGCGCGGUAGCGGCGACGAGUCAGACGACGACGACAUGCCCGGCCUACUGCCAGUCAAGAGCAAAGGCAAGGCCAGUGGUAAAAAUCCGCCUCGUCUCGCCAUCACCAACGGGGAUGGUGAAAGUGAUGCGUCCAUGCCAUCGCUGCAGACUGUCUCUGACUCCUCGGAUGAGGAUGAGUCCGACGAUGAAGGCGAUUACGAUGAUUACAGCGACGAUGAUGACCACAAGACUGAGUCCGAGAGCGGAUACGAUACAGACGACGAAGAUGCCCUACGCGACAUGCUCCGGGAGGCCAUGGACGCAGCAAUGGCCACCCCCGACUUCUUCGAUCCCAAGAGCGCGGCGCUGGAGUUCGACGAACUCACGGAAGAUCGCAAGGGCAACCCGUUUUUGAAGCUGUUAGGAUCUCUGCGAGGGCGUAUGUUCUCCUCGAAUCCCACCCUGAGGACCACGGACCGUACGGAGCCUCGGAGGCCCUACGCUUCUGGAAAGUCUCGCAAGACGACUAUUGAGGAUGUGGUGGAUGAGGAUGACGCAUCUACAUCUACCGCCAAAAAGAAGAAGAAGAAGCCCAGGAAGAAGAAAAGGCCUGCCACUGCGGCAAGCACCCAGGAGACAUUGGCUGAGCAGCCGGCACCUCAAUCCCCCACGGUUCAUGGCGCGCCCGCUUCGCCCGGAAAAAAGAAGACUACUCCCAGGCCGACUCAGAAUCCCUUGCAUAAUCCGUCUAUCAACACCAGCAUCAACAGCUCGGCCACGACUCUACCACACCUGUCGACGACGUCUCUACCGCUGCCACAGUCCGCCCAGUCCGCCCAUAAAUACAUGCGAACGGAGGGUCUCGUCACGAAGCUAAAGGAGAAGGUCAAAUCCCGACCGGAGUCUAACAGCCUCGAGCUUAUUCCGGAGAAGAAGGGUUUCUUUAGUCGCUUCAAGAAGGAUAAGACAGCCGAGGAGGAGGAGGGGAAGAACGGCAGCAAAUUCAGCUACUUCUCGAAGUUGUCCAAGAAGACGGCGACAUAUAUGCAUCAGCUGCUGCAGACGUCUGAGGACGAGAAGAAAGGUCUUGCGCCCAUGAAGUGGGAGAACUUCCUGAAGGUCAUGCGGGAGAUGGGCUUUUCUUACGACCCAAGUACUGCUGGGUCUAGUGUUAGGUUUGAUCCCCCUGACCGGCGCGAUAAGCCCAUCACGUUCCAUAAACCUCAUCCUGAUCCCACAUUGCACCCAGUCAUGCUGAAGGAGUUUAGCAAGAAGCUCAAGAGGUACUACGGCUGGUCUGAAGAGGAUUUUUACAAGGCAACGCAGUGAAGACGGUCAUGCACGGGUCUCGUCAACCUGUAUUAUUUUCCUGCAGCCUACAGUAAGAACAUUGCACCUAAGUUGUAGCGUACAGCUGUGUUUCCCUAGUCUGCUUGUUGUAAUUCUGGGCCAUUUGUUCUACAUGAGAAAAGACUAUUCUAUCCGCGU